AUGGGGCCUGCGUACACCUUCUGGGACUUGCACCGUAUGUUGGCCGAUUGCUAUUCGGCAGAUGUGGCGGAGCAGAGGUGGCAGCCAGAGCAUUCGAAAUCCCGGCACUACAAUCGGCAGCACUCAGCCGGCCCAGACGCCCAUGGAGUGAGAUUCGCAGACCUUCCACCCAGGCGAGACCUCUCUCGUCGCUCCAGCCAUAGCCAUCAUAGCCAAGAAAGGACCCCACCCGUGAAUUGCCAUCCCAAUCCUCCUGAGGAGGCUUGUAGUACGCUGGCAAGGCUCCAGAAAGGAAGAACGAAAGACUCCUUGCACAAUCUGCUGAACCUGCACGGAUUCGAGGCCGAUUCAAAGGAGUCAGAGGAGAUUGAUAUGACCAACUUCCAGCUAAAGGCUCACGCAUGUUGGCAAUCGGAUGUGCAACUCAAGAAAGCUGGGACCACGACGCAGCGUUCGAGGAAAUCUGCCAGCAUGUCGGUGCUGAGCAGCAAUGCGUCGAUGCACAUCAGCUCUCCAGUGACAGAGGGCGACAUGGAAUCGACUGCCAGUUCGAGAUUCAUAUUGCAUCCAAGUGGCACAUUCCGAUCCUGCUGGAACGUUUGGAUAGGCAUCUUGGUUCUCUACGAUCUCCUCGUCAUUCCGUUGCUUGUCUUCACGCUGCCUCCAUGGAUAAACAACUUCUUGGGCCUGCGAUCCCUGCAACUCUUCUGGAUUGCAGACUUUGUCAUAACGUUCUUCACUGGUUACUACAGCCGGGGUCUUCUGGUGCUUGAUCGAUGCAAAGUCGCCCAGCAGUAUGCCCGAACCUGGAUGUGUUUCGAUCUCGGUCUGCUCUGUGUGGACUGGUUCAUCAACAUCCUCGAUCUCUCCGCGGCCGACAGCCCCGAGACCUGGAGCCAGACGGUGCGCAUGCUACGUCUCCUUCGGCUCCUGCGGAUCCUCCGAGCAGUCAAGCUGCGCCGGGGGUUUCUGGCUGUUCAAGACUUGCUCCACUCCCAGGCGGCGAGCCUUUAUCUGAGCUUCUUCUUCAGCUUCUUCGAGCUUCUGAUACUCAACCACUGGGUGGCCUGCGCCUGGUUUGGGGUGCAUUGGCUGAAUAGCUCUGAGAACUGGGUGCUGGCAAGUGGCCUCGAUGACAGGGACGCGGUCUUCCAAUAUUUAAGCUGCCUGCUCUGGGCAUUUUGCCAGCUCGGUGUGGGCGAAAGCCCGCUCCUUCCCACCAAUAAGAUGGAGAUGGUCCUGAACAGUGUCGUUGGAUUCCGGUCCCUGGUCACCUCAGCAACUCUCAUCAGCAGCGGCCUCAUCGCUGGCUUGCGCAAGCUGAGGGAAGAUGAGAUUUCCGAGUUCCGUCUCUUGCGCAGAUAUCUGCAGCAAAACAGCAUUCCGCACGCCCUGGGCCAGAAGGUCACGCAGUUUCUUCAGCAUCAAUAUGCGGAGAGGCAGCAUGAAAGGUCAUUACAUAUGCAUGUGCCACUCCUGAGCCUACUGUCUCGGCUCAUGUACCAAGAGCUCCAGUUUGAGAGACAUCGCGUGGCACUCUCGAAGAUUGGCGUAGUGAGGGAACUCCUUGAGGGGGAUGAGGUGCAUUGUCUGCACACCUUGCAUCAGAUGGCCAGUGAAAGCCUCGCUCCGAUUCUCGGGGCCGCUGGUGAUUCGAUCUUCCUCAGCGGCCACGUCGCGAAAUCCUCGUUCCUGAUGAUGACCGGACGCUUGUGCUACUACCGCGACGACAGCUCUGAGAUCCUGGACGAUACGCGCUGGGUUGCGGAGAUGUGCCUAUGGGCACCCUGGGUGCAUAUGGGUGAUUUGGAAGCGCAAGACACCUCCGAGCUCCUCAGUUUGGAUGCCGACGGCUUUUGCGCGACUCUGGGGCACAACUGGGAGACGCAGCGUGCUGCCAGCAGGUAUGCUCGCCGCUUCGUGGAUGCUGUGCAGAUGCUUGGCUGUCCAUGCUGCUUCUCCGAUGCAGUCGAAGCCCAUGGAUGCAAGGACGCCAUCUCGUCUGGCUCGCCAGUCUUCGAUGCCGAUGGCAAGGUGAUCGCCAUGGUGGCGAAGAAGUUCGAGGAGCAUGGGCUGGCUAUUCCUGCAGAAAGGCUGCGAAUCGUGAUCCAGUGUCUCGAGGAACCAGAUUCCUUGCCUGCAAGUGCCCGCGGCUCAGUCAGUGCCAAAAUUGCCUCGAUCCGAGCACAGACGAUGAUCCGAAUCUUCGCGAGUCUUUUGAUCUUUUGCUCCAGUGCAGCUGCUGGGGCGGACCUCUGUGAGGCCGACCAAAGCCAGCUUCUGCAAAGGCAGCGAGCCAGGAGCGCGCUCAAGGCGGACGAUGUCCCCUACACAUUGCACGACUUGGGGGGCAAAUCAGUGUACCUCGUCAUGACCGAUCGUUUCUCUCGCUUCGGCGGGGUGAGCCAGAACGACUCAAACCCAUGCGCUGGCAAUAACUGGUGCAACGGCACCCUGAAAGGCAUUACCAGCCAGCUGGAGUACAUCAGGGACAUGGGUUUUGACUGUAUCUGGGUCACUCCGGUGGUCUUGAACUUCUAUGGUCCGGACGGGCCCAGUGGAUGGGGCUACCAUGGCUAUUGGGCGCAGGAUUACUACCGGAUAGACCCCAACUUCGGCACCAAGGAAGACCUUAAAGAGCUUGUAGAGCAGACCCACAACAUGGGGAUGUGCUUCAUCCUUGACAUCGUCUUGAAUCACUGCCGCCCCGUUCACAGUGAGCGAGACUUGAGUGAAGUCAACCCCUUCAACGUGACGUCGUACGUCCAUCAGCUGAACAUUAGCAACCUCACCUUCGAUCAGUACACUGAGAAGAUGUCGGGGUGGCCUCCGCCAGCACAAGCCUUGGGACCAGGAGCGUCAUGUGAACUGCAGUUCUUCCCAAAUGGCACACCCGACAGCACGAACAAUGGCACCUACUGCAACAACUAUCCAGGAAAUGUUUACAAUGCUCAGACCUACUUGGGAGACAGGGCCCAUGGCCCUCCAGACUUGAAGUAUUGCGGGGCAGGGAACUACAUUUGUCGCGGCUACAACGAGACCGUGAACAUCAUCGGCUGGUUCUACGAUCUCGCGGACUUGAACCAGACGGUUCCUUUCGUACGGCAGGGCUUGAAGGAUUGGGUGAUGUACAUGGUCACAGAGUAUGCAGUAGAUGGCAUUCGUCUGGACACAACGCCUUACAUGACGCACGAGUUCCUGCAGGAGGUUCAGGAGAUGCUCCACGCGCUCGAUAAUCCGAUCCACAUUCUCGGGGAGGUGACCUCCACAAACCUCAGCUUUCAUGCCUCCUACCAGGUACAAGACGGAAAGGAUGUCUUGGCUGGCCUCGAGAACUUUCCGUUAACCUACAUGGCGAUGCCGGGAUAUUGUGGGUGGCCAAAUGGGCCAAAAUCUCCAGUGGCUCAGUUCGAUCUCACCUACCUGGCUUCGGAGAUGAUUCGUCAGCAGAGGUCGGGGCUCUACAAGGAUCUGAACUUGCUCAUGAACAUGAUGGACAACCAAGAUGAGACACCCAUUUGGGGUCAAUAUCACAUCCCGGGCGGUGGCGAGGUUGCCGAGAUCUUCCCACGCCGAUCCGAAGACUGGGAGGAGUUCGCAGUCUUCGGCGGAGGGGGAUGUUUUGGGUACCCGGUGCUGGUGCGGAACGCCUGGGCCUGGCUCUUGUUCGCCAAGGGCAUGCCGGUAGUCACAUGGGGAGACGAACAGGGCAAUUCCGCGUACAGGAACAGCCUUUGGCAGUUCAACUGGAACAAGACUUCCUCUCCGUAUCAACUGCUGCACAAGAUGAAUGCAAUUCGACGAUCCCGCAAUGUGGCAAAAGCCAGCCAACAAAUCCACCUGCUAUACAGGUCGAGAUUGGUGUUCUCGCGUGGCUGUGGCCUGGAUCAGGUAUUUGUGCUGACGAACAACCUUGUUCUGGCAGAAGGCCAACGGGUCGGCUAUUGGUUCCGACUACCUCGUCCUCCGCGAGGUAUGAUGUGGAGGGAUGCAUUGCGUGACCAGUACUUUUAUCGCGCAUGGUGGCGGGUCAUGACAUGGACGACGGAGCCUUUGGUCCUGGUUCUGGUGCCACUCGGCCCACUUGGCGCAACACAGAAAUCUGUGGAGACACAGUGA